AUGGGCGUCGAGAGCCAGUUGGCCUUAAAUGGCCAAGAACUGUCGUUCGCCGGUGCUGCCGAGAUAGUCUUUCUGAUCAUCUAUACUGCAGAGAUCGUUGUCCGCUUGAUAGCACAGCAGUGGGCUUGUUGGAGGGAUUGGUGGUUUCUCUUCGAUUUUUCCUUGGUGCUCUGUGCCAUAGCAGAACAGUUAGUGCUUGCUUCUACCGGGGAGUCGGCCGACACGAUCAUGAUCCUGCGGCUUUUGCGCUUGAUUCGACUGGUCCGGAGUUUCCGCAUGAUCAAGCAGAUUCGAUCGGUCUGGCGGCUUGUUUAUGGGCUGGUGACCUGUGGUGAGACCAUGUGCUCCACCUUUGCCUUGCUUGGCUUGGUCAUCUAUGUCUUCGGCGUGCUUGGUGUCGAGGUCAUCGCAGGCAACGCGGAACUCCUGUCUAACUCCAAGACAGCCAGUAUCAUCACAAACCAUUUUUCUUCACUGGGCAUGACCAUGGCGACGCUGACGCAGUUCGUUACCAUGGACUCCAUUGCUGCAGUCUACACACCACUCACUUUGGAGCAGCCCCUGCUGCUUUUUUACUUCCUGCCGCUCGGGGCCAUCGUGUCGAUAGCCCUCAUGAACUUGAUCACAGCUGUUUUAGUGGAAGGGGCACUCGAGAGUGCUCGACAAGAUCGUGAGGAGGAGCGGAAGAUGGACAGCAUCACCACGAAGCAAAUGGUGCCGCAGAUUGUGGCCAUCUUCGAUCAGAUCGACUUGGAUGGGGAUGGCGAGAUUGGUAUCGAGGAGAUGCUUGAGUUCGAUAAGCCGAGUAGAGGCGGGGCUGCUGGCAUCAACCGCCGGAUCUUGGAUCGUGCUUCCGUGGACAGCAUGGAGGAGCUUUUCAAGGUCUUGGACGUGGACAACUCUGGGCGGGUCUCUCGCAUGGAGCAACUAGGCAGCUCUUGA